AUGUUACUUGGAGAAGGACUACCACAGCUUACAGAAUCGGUUUUCGGCUGGGUGGUGUCCGGGGAAGUUUCACAUAACAGUCAACCUCAACUCACGACCUGCAACAUGGCAGCUUCAGGUACGAUGGAGGAAAUUAUGGAGCGAUUUUGGUCUUGCGAGGAGAUUUCGGAUUCUUGCAACUACUCUCCCGACGAGGCGCGCUGUGAGGAACAGUUUGGGCGCACAUUUCGUCGAAAUUCGGAUGGACGGUAUAUCGUGACACUUCCCAAAAUCGAACACGAAUUGGAAAAACUAGGAAACUCAGAAGGCACAGCUCGCAGGAGGUUUUUCAGCUUGGAGAGAAGAUUAACAAGGGACGCAAAUUUGCAUGAUCAGUACAAAGAAUUCAUGGCAGAGUACUUGAGGCUAGGACACAUGAAGAAGGUGGAAGGCGCUGAAUUAAGCAACCCAAACCGCGUUUACUUACCACAUCAUCCUGUCGUGAAGGAAUCCAGCACAACGACAAAAGUGAGGGUGGUUUUCGACGCGUCAGCAAAUACAUCGACUGGAGUUUCAUUAAACGACGCCCUCUACGUAGGUCCUGUAAUUCAACAAGAUCUUCGAGCGAUCGUGUUGCGCUGUCGGACGAGACAAGUUAUGCUGGUUGCGGACGUAGAGAAAAUGUUCCGGCAAAUCAUCAUGGAUCCAUCCGAUUGUCCGCUGCAGAGCAUAUUCUGGAGGUUCGAUUCACAGCAGGAAUUAGGUACAUACGAGCUCACCACGGUUACAUAUGGUACGAAGCCAGCACCUUUUCUGGCUACUCGAGCACUAAAACAGUUGGCAACAGACGAGCAACAGCGGUUUCCACUAGCGGCGGAGACAAUAUUCAAGGAUGUCUAUAUGGACGACAUCAUAACCGGAUCGGAUGAUACCGAAACUACGAUUGUACUGCGGAAACAGUUGGAUGGCUUGACGAGCAGCGGUGGUUUUCCCCUUCGGAAAUGGGCAUCCAAUAAAAUCGAGGUUUUACAAGGCGUUCCAAUUGAACACUGUGCCUUUCCCCAAGCAGAAGGCAUUACAUGGGACAACGAUACGACGGUGAAGGCGUUGGGGCUAACGUGGAUGCCAAAAUUGGAUUGCUUUCGAUAUCAAUUCGAUAUUCCCCAAGUUGAUUCCGAUCAUCAAUGGACAAAACGGAAAAUUCUUUCGAUCAUAGCGACAUUAUUUGAUCCUUUAGGACUUUUAGGAGCAACUAUUAUCGUCGCAAAGCUUCUAAUGCAACAACUUUGGGCUCUGAAGGACGGAAAGGGAAGAAGGCUGGAUUGGGACGAUGCAGUUCCGAUAAAUGUUCAAAGGGAUUGGAAUAGCUAUUAUCAGCAAUUGUCAAUUCUCAACAAUCUACGGAUUCCAAGGUGCAUCAUACUUCCAAAAGCGGUUCUAAUUCAGGUUCACUGCUUCUCAGACGCUUCUGAGAAAGCAUACGGAGCCUGCAUUUAUUUUCGUAGCACAGAUGCAUCAGGACACGUUGCAGUUCACCUUCUUACAGCUAAAUCUAAGGUCGCACCUCUCAAGACACAAUCUCUGCCUCGUCUAGAACUGAAUGGAGCGGUUCAUGCAGCAGAACUUUUCGAGAAGGUUUCAGAAUCCAUUGACAUUUCAUUCCCGGUUUUCUUUUGGACGGAUUCGACUUGCGUUUUACAAUGGAAUAAGGCUUCACCGAACACCUGGCAAAAAUACGUGGCGAAUCGAGUUUCGAAAAUUCAGGCAAUCACCGAGAAAUACAUUUGGAAACACGUUCCAGGGGUUGAAAAUCCUGCGGACCUUAUUUCGCGUGGAGUUCCACCAAACAGCUUAGAAGGAAUGAGACUUUGGUGGGAGGGUCCCACUUGGCUAAAAAAUCCACAGGAAGAAUGGCCAAAACCACCUAAAUCAAUGGAAGAUCCACCGGAGAAAAACAGCAAAACAAAUUCCUGUGUUGCAUCAGCGAAAUCAUCAUUUAUCGACGAAUUUAUUACCAAAUUUUCAUCGUAUUCUUCGCUUCUUAGAACUGCAGCAUAUUGUCGUCGUUUUGUUAACAUUAUUUGUAAAAACAACAGUAACAAAUACCCAGAAUUUCUGACCGUGGAAGAAAUUCGCGGUGCAGAACGUACUAUAAUUCGUAAGGUUCAGGAACAGGAAUUUGGCAAGGAAAUUAAUUCGUUAAAACAUAAAUCAGAAUUCCCUAAAGGCUCGAGUCUAAGAUAUUUCAAACUUCUGAUGGAGGCGGAUGGUGUUUUACACUUGAAUAGGAGAUUAGGCAAUUCGAUGGAACCACCGGAUACGAAAUAUCCCGCUGUUUUACCUGGAAAACACCCCCUAACUGAUCUGAUAUUCCAGCACUAUCAUCACCAAUAUUUACAUGCUGCUCCUCAGCUGUUAUUGAACGUUGUUCGGUUGAAAUUCUGGCAUUUAGGAGGAAGAGAUAUCGCAAAAAGGAUUGUUCAUAAAUGCGUACGUUGUUUUAAGGCAAAACCAAAACGCAUACAUCAGCAAUUGGGGCAGUUACCCUCAGCCAGAGUUACGGUUUCAAAACCAUUUGCGAAGGUGGGGAUCGAUUUUUUUGGACCAGUAUACAUCAGCGCAGGUCGACGUAAAGCAGCUUUGAAGACGUAUGUGGCGGUAUUUGUAUGUAUGUGUACCAAGGCAGUACACUUCGAACAUGUUGCUGAUUUAUCAACGGAGAGGUUCCUUCAAGCCUUACGAAGAUUUCUGGGACGUCGAGGCCGAAUAACAGACAUCUACUCGGAUAACGGAACCAAUUUCGUAGGAGCGAGGAAUCAACUACGUGAAUUAUUCCAACUGCUCAAGGAUCCAGCGCAUCGGGAGAAGGUGUCACGGUUCUGCACUGAUGAGGAAAUACGAUGGCACUUCAAUCCCCCAGGAGCACCACAUUUCGGCGGUUUGUGGGAGGCCGCAGUCCGUUCAGCGAAAUUUCACUUACUACGAGUGCUCGGUGGGCAGCCGGUAGGAGCAGAGGAUUUUUCGACGUUGCUGGUGCAGGUCGAGGCUUGCCUCAAUUCACGUCCGCUAACACACCUGAGUGAUGAUCCGCUGGAUUUUGCACCUUUAACAGCCGGACACUUCUUAACAGGUGAAUCGUUACAGGCUUUACCAGAAGAAGAUCUUACUGAGGUUCCAAUUAAUCGCUUAGACCGUUGGCAGCUGAUUCAGAGGAAAUUCCAAGACCUCUGGCGUCGUUGGCACAAGGAGUACAUUUCGCAAAUGCAAGCAAAAUCAAAACAUUGGAUCUCAGAGACUAAAAUAGUAGUUGGGCGCUUAGUACUCAUCGCUGAUGAGAACCAACCUCCCAUGAGAUGGCGAUUAGGGAGGAUUACGGCAGUGUUCCCAGGAAAGGAUGGUGUAACCAGAGUAGCAGAAUUGAAAACGGCCACUGGCAUUCUUACACGACCGGUAGUCAAGCUUUGUUUUCUACCAAUCAACGAAGAACCAGUCGCUUCUGAGGAGAAUCAACAUCACAGCAGCACAUCAAGUCAAGGACAUCCGCCGAAGGUUCACCCGAACAGUCAUCAUGAUAACCAGAAGCCUUCGGAAAUCGGAGCAGGAGAAUACGGAUAUGCUAUAGCAACUUACAAUUUCAUCCGCGACGGACAGCUGGAAUGA